AAGAAAGGAGAGCGCGCUGACCGAAGAAUCAAAUCUGUUCUCAGAUCCUAUGCCUGUUUGGUUUGAGGAUUGCAGCGCGUCAGGAAACAUCCUCAUAGGCACAGCUAAAGCUGGUCACACUAAUCAACUCGGAUAUAACACGGUAUUUGUGGAUAUGACAUUUAUCUUGGUCGCCAUGAAAAUCACUGGGCCAUAAAAGCCUUUACUUCAUAGCAAACAUGCCCACAAUGGCCGAGAUACCAUGGCCUCCCAAAUCUCCCCAUGAUGCUCUCGUGAGCUCGCCCGGCGGACGUCGAAAGUUUGAAGAAAUACAGAGACGAAAACACCUUGCUCGUGCGAACCUAGCAAGUCCUAGCAAAAGCAAAGCCAGCGAACUGUUGGACGAGCAUACUGAGUAUGCUGUUGAUGACGACGAUGAUGAGGAGACAUUACAGCUGAAGCUUGCAGCAAUUGAGGCCAGACUGAAAUUAAAAAGGUUAAAACAGCAGAAUGGGACAACAUCGAAGCUUACGCGCGCCGACGUGGACGGUGACGGUGGUCGCGGAGGACCCUACGAGUCGAGUGUUGGAGGGCCGUUUCUCGGGGAGAGAACAAGGAGGGCAGAAGAUCCGAACAAUGCAAAUGAUGUUCAAGUACCUCUGUCGCCAAUAAGAAAGUCGGCCAUUUCAAGAGAUCCAAUAUCCCCAAGACGAGUUGUCCUGGGCAUUGAUAAGGGCUUAAAGGGGAGCGAGGUGUCUCUGAGGCGGCCACCAGCAUCCAGGGAUUCUGCCAGACCGGGAAGCUCUUUUAGUGUCACCCGACCGAGUUCGUCUUCUCGAGCGGGUCCUACGAUGGUAUCGCAGAGCUUUCCGGCGUGUGACUCUCCAAAGAUUAAAAGUUUCAGCGAAAGACUUCGUGAGACCAAGUCACUCGACAAAGCCAAAUGGGAGAAAGCUCAACGCGUGGCACGAAGUCGGAGCACUGGCUUCACGGUGGAUAAGAAGGAAUUGGAAGGGUUCAAGGCGGCUGCUGAGAAGGCGGCAAGCCAAGCGAACGUCCCUCAAACUACGGAAAUGGAAAAUCACAAGUUCAGUCGGGCUGACAUCAUGCAAGCCUACAACCGCCCACGAUCCCCGCUACGUCGAGGCGGGACAGUUUCUACAAGUUCUGAUAGAUCUUCAUCAAGGGAUACGAAUACUUUGGGGCAAAGCAACUCUGUUCCUCAAACUAAAGAAGAACACGCAGAUUAUGAUCAGAGAACCCCUGACCCUUCCAAGUUCGAGCCCUUCUCUGGUCUUCACCUUUCCAAUCGCAUCUUACCACACUCGUACGUCUCCCGAAAAACAGAGACUAUGAAGAGACUACGCGUCCCUGAUUUGCUCAGGACCGUUAAAGGUCCCGAAUUUGAACUACCUGACACGGAUGGCGACUAUGUGGUGUUUGGCAUAGUGGCUUCCAAGUCUACUCCAAGGGAACACAAGGAAAAGAAAUCAGGAUCAGGCAAGGAGAAAGAUCCUUACGACGACGGUCUUAACAAUUCGAGUAAAUACAUGGUUCUCACGUUAACCGAUUUGAAGUGGAGUAUUGAUCUCUUUCUAUUUUCCACGGCGUUCCCCAAAUAUUACAAAAUGGCUCCAGGGACUCUUGUUGCAAUAUUGAAUCCAUCUCUUAUGCCUCCACCUCCUAACAAGAUCCACACAAAUGCCUUCAGUCUCACCAUAUCUUCCUCAGAAGAUACGAUCCUGGAAAUUGGAACUGCCCAGGAUAUCAGCUUCUGCAAAGCUGUAAGGAAAGACGGAAAAGUCUGCGAUGCCUGGGUUGACGGUCGUAAGACUGAAUUCUGCGAUUUCCAUGUAGAUAUCCAGCUACGAAAGACAACCGCAAAAAGGAUGGAAGUUAAUAGCGGUCCUAGUUUUGGUCAGGGUCCUCGAGGAGGCCGGUUUGGGAACCGGGGAGGUCGCGGUCGUGGCGGACAAGAGAACGGUCUCAGGAACGAGGGAGCUAUGUAUGAUCGGUCAACCGGAUCGACAUACUACAUUACGCCUUCAAUCUCAGGAGAUCCGGGUGGAGAUCCCUUUGGCCAUCGUUCAGCCGCUGGUUUAAUAGAUGCUGAUAACCCAUUCGCUGCUGGUGGUCACCUUUUCCAUCGCCGUGGUGAAAAUCAGAGUGACAGGUUUCGAAGACGGAUUGCAGACGAGGAAAGAGAACGCAAUAUAGCAAAGCGACUCGGAGAGUUGAAAAGUGUAGGCUCGGAAUACCUUCGUGCUCAGCAUAAUAAUAACACUCCUCGACCACCAGCCGCGUCUUCGUCUUCCCAAACUGCCAAAAACGAUGAUUCUCAAUCCGCCCGCGCAGCACUCGGACUUGAUAAACUGGCUAGACACGCCGGCAAUAUCAAGCUAGGUCGGAUCAGAAAACGAGAUUUUGAAACUAGUCAUGGUGCCGGAAAUAACAAUGGGAGGUCGUCGCCUGUAAAGAAGACAAGGUUUAUUACUGCAAAGGGGAUUCGCGAAGCUGGCAGAGAGAGUUUGGGAACAAAUCCGGGCACCUAUUCAGACGAUGACCUAGACAUUGUAGCAGAAUAGUGUCCUUUUAUUUCUUCCUGUAUAUACAUAUGUGCGACUUUUUAGCCUUUCAAUUGCUUUACGCGGGUGGGCUAGCAUUGACGCGGCAAUUGGCCGGCGGGCCAACGGGGACUUGGUGCAUAUUCAGACAUUGAUGGCAGUUCUCUUUUUGUUAAAUGAUUGUGAUGAUGCAUUGAUCAGACACUCAGA